GUUAUGCUUGUUAUCAAUGGCGUGGUUGCUGCAAAAGGGACGAAAACGGAACUAGUGCAGAUUUAGAAUGAGUAACGCGUCGACGCACGCUCAUGACAACACCCAGCAAGUGGGUGAAGAUCACAACGAUGUCGAGACGGAGGCAUCCAGCUUCGUGCCUCAGCAAAAUGCUGGGCAGCCCAAUGUGCCACUGAACGCGGGGGAAAACCAGAAUUUCGGGAAUCCGCCUAAGAAUGUCAUGCCCGCCUUCAUGACGCAGUUCCUAGAGCAGAUGGCCAACGCGCCGAUGUUUCAACAGCCUCAUCCACCGCGGCGACACAUCACCUUCAAAACGCUGAAGGACAACGGAGCGGAGGAGUUCCUGGGAGAUAGAGUGGCUGAACCUCAAGUGGCUCUUGAUUGGAUUGAGCAGGUGGCUAGGGUGCUCAACGACCUGGAUGUACCGGUUGUGGAUCAUCCAAAGUUGGCAUCUCAGCUACUCCGCAAGGGAGCGUACGAGUGGUGGAAGCGCAUUGACAGCGAGCCGCAGACGCCGAAGCCCUGGACAUGGGCAUAUUUCGACUGGGCUUUCAAGAAGGAAUAUAUCCCUGCUCGCUUCCGAGAGGAGAAGCGGUCAGAGUUCAUGGAGCUGGUACAGGGGGACAUGACCCUUGCCGAGCUACGACAGAAGUUUGAUCAUUUGGCUCAGUUUGCACCCACGUUGGUGUCAACACCUGCUGACAGAAUUGAAGAGUUCAGGAAGAGAUUGCGCCCUGAUGUGCGACCUUAUGUUUCUACCGUGGUCACCACCGACUUCUCAGCGGCUUAUGACCUGAUGGCUAAGGCGGAGAAAGCGGUGGAUGACCUGAAAGCAAGCUUGGGUGCUGGAGGGACAGUUACUUGCCAACGACCCACUACCAGUGCGGCACCGAGCGGGAAGAGAUCCUUUGGCGGUACUAAGGGUACCCAGAACUUCAAGAAGACAAAGUCUGCACCGGCUCAGUCACAGGGAGCGAGCAAUCGAAGAUCUACGUUGUCUUACAUAUGUGUUCCUAUGCCUGAGAAAUCUGAUAUCCAAGGAGGUGAUAUGGAAUACCCCAUGGUAGUAUCUAACCCGCUAGGGCAUAGCAUGCGACUUCAUCAUCUGUACCGCAACUGUCCGUUGACGGUCCAUGGACACCGGUUGUCCGCAAAUAUGAUCGAGUUGCCAUACAAGGAGUUCGAUAUUAUCCUUGGUAUGGAUUGGUUGACUGAGCGUCAAGCGAUAAUUGAUUGUGGUUAGCACACCGUACGGCUGAAGACUGACGAUGGUGAUGUGGUAGAAGUCAAGGGGGAGUUGUUCCCUAAGCCUCCAGAAUUUGUGUCUUACAUCUAAGCGAAGCGGUUGAUUCGGAAGAAAUGCGAGGCAUUCUU